AUGCACUGGGCUGUCAAGAGUGUUCGCAAGCAGCGUCUCGAACAAGCCACCAGCAUCAGCUUGUCCGUGGACGACCGCAAGGAGUAUCGUUUGGUUCCCAGUUCCGUGGACGUCUCCGAGGCUCCAGGCUCCCAGGCUCCCAGGAGGUGUGCAACCCAGUUAGUUUACGAGGAGAUCCAGACACCAGAGCCGCAACUACCCUGCAAGUUUGUCGUCGUCAUCGCGGUUGUGUUCCAGAUCUUCUAUGGCAACAGAGUCCACUACCUGUGCACGAAGGCCGGCAUUUCUGAUGUAAGGCAGAUCAUGGGAACUAUGGCGCACGUGGUCGAGGCGAUGCUGGAGCGUUUGCGAGUAGAUCUGACGGAGGAUGAGAUCGCCGUGGCUCUGCAGGUAUUCAACCUUCGGCUGUGGCAGGAGACGAACCGACAACAGGAGCUAGUGGACUCUACACGCAAGCUCUGUGAUAUGCUCAAGCUUUCGCCCGGUACAGCCGUGCUGUUUGGACGAUUUGCUCGCAAAUUGCAUCCUCUUCUAGAAGUUCGCUUGUGUUCCAGCGCAGGGGAGAUUGCGAAGAGUCGCAAUCUUGCUUCAGAGAAAGUCAAGGCACUCGGGCACCCUGGCCUGUCCGACACCUUUUGGACAUUUGCAAAGACUGUCCAGCUGCUCAAGGUCGAAAAAGUCCAGGAUGGUGAGGAACAGAACUUGAGGUACAACAACACCUUGUACAACAAGGCCUUACACCAGGCUGCCACAGCAGCUGUUGCAGUGCUGCGGGGUCCAUCCGGUCCCGUGGAGAAGGCUGCCCGGAGAUUGGAGCUGGAAUUUGGGCGGGGCAUCUUGAGCAGUCAGUACUCGAAGUUGAGCAAGCUGUUAUCGCUGACCAACAAGCUCGCAUCUGCUACCAGAAACGCUGUAGACCUGACGGCCUGGAUGAUCGACUCCUUGACGCUGGCCCUGCGCAUGAACAUGGUCACGCCAGCUAAAUGCACCGAGAAGUUUCUGGAUCGAGACCGGAAGACAGGCGAUGCUGGCUUUUGGUUGUCGCGCAUGCUGGUGGUGCAGGUCUUCGAUUAUGCAGCAAAGCUGGCGAACAAGUUGCCUGAGCCGGACAAGGUUAAGCUGACAGGGAUUUUGGCUGAACUCCGUUGCCCUUCCACAUGUUGGGAGAAAUAUCUCUGCCAUGCUGAUGCUGAUCAAGGGGCUGCUGGAGAGGACGACAUGGACGGCGAGGACCCAGAGGACGUGGAGCGCCCUGUUCCGCAGUCCAAGAUUGGAGCUGUUAAAGAGGGUUUCAACAAAGCCAUUGGCAUGCUUUUGGAUUUGCUGCUGGAGCUGAUGUCGGGGAAGUACUACAAGGAUUGCUGCAUGCUGGCUUCGAGUGAAGAUGGCCUUGCAAAGGCAUUGACAGCUGCACAGCUUGGAAGCUCGGAUGACACGGAGCACGAGGAGCCAUGUGCGCUUAUCACUCAGAUGAAGAUCAUUGUCGACAAGUUCGACAACAGCACGAAGUCCGUUGGUGCCACAUCUGCGGCUCCUGCUCCGAGUUUGCUCCAAAGCCUGGCCAAGGCUUCUGAAGCUGACACACCCGAGGAAUGUGUCGAGCGUGAGCGGCAGUGGAAGGCGGUGCAAACGGAACGCCGCAAGUUCGUGUCGUUCUCGGUACCGAACAAGAUCUCGAAGGACUGCCUAGUCAAUGCGUUCAGAGGUUGCGGCAAGGUCUUCACGCACAAGGGCACCUUAAACUCUUCGCACCGCCUGAUCGUUGCCAGUGCGGAUCUCUUGGCAGAGGCUGGUACCGACCCGUGGCUCAAGGGCACUCCGCCAAGCGAGGAAUGGAAAGAGAGCUGUGCCUUUGCCAAAGACAUUUCUGGGCCCGAGGAUUUCGUUGUACUCUUCGACGGCAGAAUGCGGGAAAUUCGCCGCGUGUCCGAAGACCUCCUGCUGAACCAGCAGCACACCGAGGAGUGCACCAUCGUGUACUCAGGUGGGUGCCCGCCGAGAACUGGUCGCACUCGCCGCGUUCCGCUGGCUGCAAAGAAGGUGGAGACAGGAGCGGUUAAGUUCCCGGUCGCACGCACCAAGAUUCAGACGACGAAGAAAGGCUCCUUCACAGUCUUCGGCGAGGCUUCUACGUACCAAGGCACUUACUCAGGCGUGGAGUACCGUGCGGUUUCUGAAAUGCCCCUCGUGUCUGCAGACACCAAGAAGAAGAUCAUUGCUCCGGCAACAACCGGCGACCUCCCGACACCGCCAGAGGACUGGCAGGAUCGCCACGGCUCCGACGUACCCUUGUUCUGGAACGAGUCGAAGCCGAUAGCAUAUUGGAAUGCCAUCAUUGAGGAGUUUUGCGCGGAGGCAGUGUUUGACCUCACGGCUGGCACCGGUGCUCUGAUGGAGGCUUCUUUGACUGCCGGCAUCGCAUACCACGGGCUUUGCAGCCUCAACAAGGAGCACAUGUCGUGGGUCCAGGCGGUUGCUGAUCGCGCAGCUUGCGGAAUGAUGGCUUUGGAGGGAUCCACUCUUUACUCGGACGAGAAUGCCAAGGCGGUGAAGAAGCAUUUCCCGCACGUUCUGGAGAGCUUGUCCAACCAAGACGACCAGGACGAGGCCUACCAGACGCCUCUGGGGCAAAACCAGUCUCAAGACGGCUUCUCGUCGGAUGCCCCGGGGAGCUUGCGGAAGCAGGCUGUGAAAGACGGCUUGGUCCCCAAGGCUCGAAGGGCCUUCGUCAUCUGGUUCCAGGAAAACUCCGAAGUCAAGAAAGGCGCUCCCAAGCACGAGUUUCUCAAUGAGAUGAAGCAUCUUGGCGCAGUCUGGCAGGGCAUGACCGACAAGCAGAAGGCACCAUUCAUGGCGAGGAGCAAAGAUGAGUUCAUGGCUCAGCGAAGUGCACUGGCCGUUCUUGGCAUCAGGAUGCGGGGCUCCACGACCAGUGCGGGCGGCCCCGACGAGGCGAAGGACCCCCCUGCCGCUGACGAAUCUGGCGGUCGCGUUGGCCCAUUUGAGCUUAAUGGUGCAAGGGCUCCAAUUGGAGGCGGAGCCUAUGGCAGUGUCUACAGUUGCCAGCAUCCGCAAAGCGGCCUUAACGUGGCGGUGAAGGUUUAUCGUGGCUCCGAUGGCCCCGCGGAUUGCAGGCACGAAGUGGAGCAGAUGAAGCUUCUAAUGAAGGCCGUUCCGCAGCAGAAGAUGAUGUGGUUCCCGCUUCUUGUCAGCUCGGGUGUCACGGGCAGACCUUGGCCAUGGAUGGCUACUAGCCUAUGUGGGCCCAGCCUGGCAACCGCACUUCGAAAUCCUGCGGCGCAUGGCAAGCCGAGGACGUGGUCUGUGGCAGCUCAGCUGAGAAGUGCACUGCAGACCUUGCAUGACGCAGGCAUCCUACACUUGGAUGUGAAACCUGGCAAUGUUCUUUGGUGCCCUUGCACAGAUCAGGUGCAGGUGUGCGACUUCGGCAUGAGUGAGAACAUGGCACGGCUCCAGAAGGCUUCUCAGGCUCCCAGGUUCCUGCAGUAUGUCACGGCUGCCUAUCGACCUCCGGAGCUGUGGCCCGCUCGUGUGAAUGGCGAUGGAGACUGCGGUGUCAGAAAGCAGCUGCUGACUGCAGCUGUGGAUAUGUGGGCCUAUGCUUGCGUGGUGUUUGAGGUGGAGACCGGGAAUCCCUUCAUGCCCAAGGGGGAGGCCGGACUGAGAGCGUGGUGCAAGCAGUGGCCCGAGCUGUGGAAAACACGCAGCGACUUAGCCAAUUGCCCCGCUGCAAGUCACACGUGCUGCACAAAGGUGCUUCGAGCCGGUAAAUGGGGGCUGUUUGUGUUGGUCGGCUGUGCUCCAGACCCCGGAAAGCGGCGGUGGCCGGAGCUCUGUCUGAAUCAGAAAUGA